AUGAAGCAAAAGAACCCGGGCCGCUGGUUUGCGCAGACGGUUAAGCUCAAGAAGGACCGCGUGGAGGAAUACAAGGCCUGCCACGCCAAGGUGUGGCCCGAGGUGCUGAAGCAGAUCAAGGACUGCAACAUUGAAGACUACAGCAUUUACUACGACGACGAGAUGGGCCUCCUCUUUGGCACGUUUAGGUACAUUGGCUACGAUUACGCGGGAGACAUGGAGAAGAUGGCGGCGAACCCCAAGGUGCGCGAGUGGUGGAAGAUGACGGACGCCAUGCAGGAGAGUUUGGUCAAGGGCGCUGUGAGCUCGGAGGCGGGAGAGCCGUCGUGGUGGAGACCGUUGGAGCAGGUGUUUUUCCAGCCGUAA